CUCGAGAUCUCAGUGUACUACUCCCGUUCUCCCCCAAUUUCGCUAUACCGGAUGACUAUCAUGAACACGAGUAGCGUGGAGUUGUCUAUCGAUCAAGGUAUCUAGGUAACGUGCCUGCAUGAAGACCGGUGUUCGUCGACUAUUCGUCUACCUCGCGAUCUCGAUUGCUUCUGAACAACAAGAAACAUUGAGAAAGUGGUUGGCGCAGUCGUCGUUCUGAGAUUAUACGGUUGAACUUGAUCUGGAUAAUUCCAGCGAAAGGACUCAUGCGCGCAUCUUCCCCCAACACAUGGAGUUAAAUACUGAUCGCAUAAGUAGCAUGGCCCCGGAAAAUGAAAAUCCCUCCCUAGGAGGGCGCACGGAGAAACUGGACUCGAAAGUCCAGUCGACAGAACAACCAUUCGAACCGAAACAGUAUGGCGAUGACGGUCAUGGUGGCGAUGUGGCCAGCGGCAGGCCUACGCCUGGGCGACUUGGUUUAUAUUUCAGGAAAUUCGAGCAGUACCUGGUCGAGUAUAAUCUUGAGGCACGUGGACUUGAACGGGUGCAUGAGAGUGAACGGAUGAAGAAGUUGUCCUGGGUUUCGUACCUGCAGGCGGCAUUGCUUUGGGUUUCGAUCAAUCUGGCUGCCAACAAUAUUACACUUGGGAUGUUGGGGCCGGCUUCGUAUGGAUUGGGUUUUAUGGAUGCAUCGCUUUGCGCUGUGUUCGGAGCGCUUGUUGGCGCUUCGGUUGCGUCGUGGAUGGCGACUUGGGGGCCUCUUUCUGGAAUAAGAACAAUGGCCCUCGGACGCUAUUCAAUGGGCUGGUGGCCAAGCAAGAUCGUUGUCAUCCUGAACUUGAUCCAAAUGAUCGGGUACUGUUUGAUCGACUGCGUCGUUGGUGGACAAAUCUUGUCAGCGGUGUCACCGCAUGGAAGCAUGUCAGUCGCUGUCGGCAUCGUGAUCAUCGCCGUCAUUAGCUGGGCCGUAGCCACAUUCGGUAUACACGUCUUUCACUACUACGAACGCUUCGCCUGGGUCCCCCAACUCAUCGUAGUCUGCAUCCUCUUCGGCGUCUCAUCCUCAAACUUCGACCUCACAACCCCAUCCACAGGAGACCCCCGCACAGUCACCGGCAAUAGACUCUCCUUCUUCUCCCUCUGCAUGAGCGCCGCAAUCACCUACGCCCCCCUCGCCGCAGACUUCUUCGUCUACUACCCCUCCACCACCUCCCGAUCAUCCAUCUUCCUCCUAACCCUCACCGGCCUCAUGUGCUCCUUCACAAUGGCCUUCCUAAUCGGCAUCGGCCUCGCCUCUGGCAUAAACACAAACGCAGCCUACAGCGCAGCAUACAACCAAGGCCAAGGCGCGUUGAUCGUAGAGGGCUUCUCCCCACUCAACAACUUCGGCAAAUUCUGCUCCGUCGUCGUCGCACUGGGCCUAAUCGCAAACACCAUUGCGCCAACCUACUGCACGGGAGUCGACUUCCAAGUCCUCGGCCGAUACGCCGAGAAAAUCCCCCGCGUAAUCUGGAACACCGUCGGCGCGAUAAUCUACACCGUCUGCGCGCUCGUUGGACGGGGCCAUCUCUCCGAGAUCUUCACCAACUUCCUCGCGUUGAUGGGCUACUGGGUCGCUAUUUGGUUCGGCAUCCUCCUUGAAGAACGGUAUAUCUUCCGUCGACGCAGUGGGUAUAGUUGGAGUGCUUGGAACGAUCCUUCAAAGCUCCCGAUUGGAGUCGCGGGGUUUAUUGCGUUUUGUGUCGGUUGGGUCGGGGCUGUUCUUUGCAUGGCGCAGGUUUGGUAUAUUGGGCCGUUGGCGGGGCUGGUGGGGGAGUAUGGUGCUGAUAUGGGUAACUAUGUUGGCUGUUCGUGGGCUGCUGUGGUUUAUCCGCCGCUGAGGUAUCUGGAGCUCAAGUUCUUUGGGCGAUAAAGGCAUCCUAUAUGACCCUGUUCAACAAGGGUUAUUGACUGGAAAAUGCUUCCAGUAUAUACAGAGUAAGAGACCUAUGAGGUCUCAAUCACCAAAAGUUCAUCGUUUGAUAUCUCAUCUACAUUACACUGUUCAUAGAAGCAAUGCAAUACAACCAAAUAUAAUCCUGCCA